UUAUUGUGGUUCUUGUUAAAGUUAACUUCUAAUGAAGCUAAUGUUAAAUUAUAUAAGUCAGUUGAGCAGCUCGUAAGUGAAGACUAACGGACAAUAAAACAAACGAAUAAAGUAAAGUAAAUAUAAUUUAAGUCUUAGGGGAAAUUAUUAGCAUAAUGUCGAGUGUAUCGCGCAAGAAAGUGUUGAUCGGCUGUACUGGGAGUGUCGCCACGAUAAAGCUUCCCCAGCUUGCGCAGAAGCUCAGCGAGCGCAACGUGGAGGUGCGCGUGGUCGUUACGGAGCGGGCAAAGCACUUUCUGAAGGAAGUCGAGCUGCCAUCCGGGUGCCAAAUACUAUCCGAUACGGUCGAAUGGGCCGCUUGGCAGGGGAGGGGCGACCCCGUCCUUCACAUCGACCUUACCAAGUGGGCGGACCUCUUCCUCGUAGCGCCGAUGGACGCUAACACGAUGGGGAAGCUGGCCGCGGGUAUCUGCGACAAUCUACUGACGUGCGUAGCACGUGCCUGGGACCCCGUCAAGCCACUGCUCUUUUGCCCGGCCAUGAACACGAAAAUGUGGGAGCACCCGGUCACGGCCCCGCAGGUGGCGUUACUGAAAUCCUGGGGUUACAAGGAGGUACCAUGCAUUUCCAAGAACCUUAUGUGCGGCGACACGGGUAUCGGGGGUAUGGCCGAAGUCGACACCAUUGUCCAAAUGACCUUGCGUUCGCUCAAUCGUUGGGACUCGUAUUCGCCAUCAGAAUUACGUCGUUAGAGAAAUUAUACGAAGAAAAAGCAUAAGUUGUGCACCAUAUUAUAAAUUAUAAAAGGAAAUAAAUCAGAGUUUUUUGUUUUUCGAAAUCUCUGCUUUAAUUAAUGUGAUUUAGUCUCCGGUCUUACCUAUACAUUUUUUUCUCUUUUU